UAUUUCUCUUGCACUUAUCUCUGCUUCUCUUCACCACCAGAUUUCCAAGUGGCAGGAAAGCAAAGGAGGGAUGAUGGAAGGCAAUGUCAAUGGCAACGGCAAUGGCAAUGGCACCAAAGUGGAUAACCAGAUCCUGCAAACAUACCACAAGAGCUUUGUUCAAGUUCAAAGCAUUUUGGACCAGAACAGACUACUUAUCAAUGAGAUCAACCAGAACCAGGAUUCCAGAAUCCCAGACAACCUUUCUCGCAACGUUGAAUUGAUCAAAGAGCUCAACAACAAUGUCUGGAGAGUCUUUGAUCUUUAUGCUGAUAUUUCAAGCUCUUUCAUCAACUCCAUGGAUGCUUCUCCAGAAGGAUCAAAUGGCAAGGCUACUCAGAAGAGAAUUAGGCCUCAUUAGAAUCUCAAACUCAAAUGUUUUUUUUUUUACAAUUGCCUUGUUGCUUUUAUUCUUGCUUUUAUUCUAGUAGUAUCUCUCUGUGUUUUCUUUUCAUGUUUGAAAGUUUCAAACUAUGCUCUUCUGAGUUCUUCU